GCAGCCCAUCGCCGGCGAUAUGCUAUCUCGCGCUUUGUAUGUUUCGAAUCUGGAAACCAAUUUCUCACGCCAAUGCUUACCUCAAUCUUCUAAAGGCUAUUCUCGCUCGAAGCCUCCGCGUUUCUUCGUUAUGUUUCCCCCAGAAAGCUUCAGGGUUGGCGCUCAUAAAGAUCUGAAGAUUUCCAGAGUCAAUCCACAGUUCCUUGGAUUUCGUUUGCAGCGUGGGCUUGUGCCUGUUCGCUUGAUGGAUGGGGGCACUGAUUUCUCUUCAUUUGAUGAUUGGGGAGAGAGUGAAGGGACUGCUGGAUAUGCAAUCUCAUCAAGUGAUGGUGAAGAAAGCGAUGAAGAAACUAUGUUAGAAACGAUAACAGAUCUUGACUUGCCUACUACAAGGGAGAGAUUUUCUCGUGAUGACUCCAUAACAUUAGCUGCUCACAGAUUGGCAAUGCUAGGCAGAGCACGCCGAAGAGAGAAGAUUUUUCAUGGAGUCCUAAACAAUAUUGGUCUAGUGACAUUCUCAACAUUCCUGCUCUUCCUAGCAGAUUUGUGUGCUUGGAGAAUAGUCAGAUUACCAUUAGCACCUUUUUAUAUGAUGCGCCCUUUUCUCACAUCUGCAGUUGCAGUGUCUUGUGUCGGAUAUUUAUGUGUUCCAUUGUUUCGUACUUUAAGACUUCGUUCUCUGAUAAGGAGAGAAGUUCCUGCUCGUGAACAGUCUGCUAAGAGAGGCACCCCUACAAUGGGAGGAUUAUAUUUCAUACCCAUUGGUGUACUUGUUGCAGACAUUAUACUUGGGUUUUCUUCAGUGGAGGUUUUGGGAGCAUCUGCAGCAACUCUUGCAUUUGCCACAAUCGGAUUUCUUGAUGAUUUAGUUCACCUCAAGACUAACAGCCAGGGUUUAUCUGCUUGGAUUAAAAUUCCCUUUGAGGUAGCUAUAGGGAUAUGGUUCUCCUUUUGGUUAAAUGCCACAGAUAUAUCAUCCCCUUACAGCAUGAAAUCAGUGGUUCCUCUGCCUGCUCCCAUUGGGCUUGUCUGCAUAGGAAAGUUCUAUCCAAUUUUGACUUCAUUUUGCUUUACUUCCAUGGUAAAUGGAGUUGAUCUUACAGAUGAUCUUGAUGGAUUGGCUGGUGGAACUGCUGCAUUAGCAUUUAUUGGAAUGUCGAUAGUUGUCCUUCCACUAUGCCCUGAUCUUGCUGUAUUUGGAGCAUCAAUCGCUGGCGCUUGUGUUGGUUUUCUUAUGCAUAAUCGAUACAGAGCUUCAAUAAUCAUGGGUGACACGGGAGCACUGGCCUUAGGAGGAGCCCUAGCUUCCAUGGCUUCUGUUACUGGACAGUUCUUCCCAUUGUUCAUUGUUUCUGGGAUCUUUGUUGUGGAAGCACUCUCUCUUGUGCUACAGGUAUCCUUCUCCAGGGCAAGCCAAAAGUUACCCGGAAAAGGAAGGCCCUUGCUUCUUCAGACGGCACCAUUUCAUCGCCACCUCAAAAUGCGUGGCUUGGGAGAACCUGCUAUUGUGGCUGGAGCCUACGCCAUUUCAUGCGUCCUAGUCUUAUGUGCGGGAUAUGUUGGCCUUAUCUCAGUGUAGUACCCCAAGCUGGUAAAUAUGAUCUCUUCGGGUUUUUUCUUUAAAUCUAUGCUUUGGUUUGUUUGGGUAGCUAAUUACUCUGUUGUCCGAUUUCUUAUUUUCGUUUGUCCGGAAUUAGUUGUCCAUUUUUAUACGAGUAUUCAAUAAAGAAAUUAUGUUGAAUUGU